AUGGAGCUGGUCUGUCCCCACGGGGCUCAGCAUGGUGCAAACCCGCUGUCCUCUCUGUCCCCGCAGUUCCCUGCGCAGCUGAUGAUCUUUCUCAUCAGCACCGUCAGUUCCAUGCUCUGUGGACAUCUGGGCAAAGUGGAGCUGGACGCUGUGACCCUUGCGGUCUCGGUGGUGAGUGUUACUGGGAUUUCAGCUGGAACUGGCUUAGCCUCUGCGUGUGACACGCUAAUGUCUCAGUCCUUUGGAGACAAGAACCUGAAAGGCCGGGGGAUCAUACUUCAGCGAGGAAUCCUCAUUUUGAUGCUGUGUUGCUUUCCCUGCUGGGUCUUCAUCAGUAUCGAGCGCAUCCUCCUGCUCCUAAAGCAAGACCCAGAAGUGUCCGGGCUGGCCCAAGUUUACGUGAUGAUUUUUAUUCCUGCUCUUCCUGUGACAUUUCAGUUCCAGUUGCAGACGAGGUGUUUACAAAGUCAGAUAUAGGGCAUGAUCAUGCCCCAAGUUAUGAUGGGGAUCGUGGCAAAUGUCAUCAACGUGGGCAUGAACGCCCUCCUGCUGUACGCUGACCUCGGAGUGGUAGGAUCUGCCUGGGCCAACCCCACUUUGCAGUUUUUUCUGUCUGCUCUUCUUUUCCUUUACGUAUGGUGGAAAAGAAUCCAUGGUGACACCUGGGCAGGUUGGACUGGGGACUGCUUACAGGAGUGGGGCUCCUACAUGUGUCUGGCUGUUCCCAGUAUGUUCAUGGUGUGCAUCGAGUGGUGGAUUUUUGAGAUCGGGACCUUUCUCGCAGGACUGAUUAACAUGACAGAGCUCGGAGCCCAGGCCAUCAUCUAUGAAGUAGCCUCUGUGGCCUACAUGGUGCCCCUUGGCUUUGGUGUGGCAGCCAGUGUGCAAGUGGGCAACGCUCUGCGGGCCAGGAAUGCGGAGCAGGCCCAGACCUCCUGCUCCCCUGUCGUCCUGUGUGCUGGUGUUUGUGCACUUGCAGUAGGAGUUUUACUCAUGGCUUUGAAGGACGUGGUUGCCUGUGUGUUCACCAGUGACAGGUAUACGUGGUCUCCCCCUGUGAGCCGAGCGAUGCCUGCUGUCACCCCCUUCCAUCUGUUUGAUGCACUUGCAGGCACCUGUGGUGGAGUCCUGAGAGGUACAGGGAAACAAAAGAUUGGUGCCGUCUUGAAUGCUCUUGGUUACUAUGUGUUUGGUUUUCCCAUUGGAGUAUCCCUGAUGUUUACUGCUAAACUUGGAAUAAUAGGUCUCUGGUCUGGAUUGAUAGUUUGUGUCUUCUCUCAAGCCCUUUUCUAUUUGGUGCACAUCAUGAGGACAAACUGCAAUAGAGCUGCAGAGCAGGCACAGGUUCGAGCUGGGCUAAAAGGAAGUAAAGAGACUGUAACUACCCCAACAGAUCUGCCUAUCCUGGAAAGAGAAGUAACGGAUGGAGUGAUUUUGCCUGAUAUUAUCAGACCAGAGAACCAGAACAUGCAACUGGUUGGAGUGGAAGAAAACACCCAGUAUACAGUGCCCACCAUUGGGGACGUCUUGACAGUGAGACAGUUGAUUUUCUCUCGUGGAGUGGCUUAAGCUGCUGCUGUUGCUACCUUUCUGGCAGGAAUUUUAGUAAGAGUUUUCAAUGACCGUGGUUGA